GCUUCUCUCGCACACAUUGUCACAGUAAGAAUGCUGAGUCCCACACACAGCUUAGCUUUGGUCCCUUCGCAUAUCCCAGUCUGGAUUACUAAGCAGCGUGUUUAAAGCAGCAUGGUUUUAGAGACUAAAGAUCUGUGGUUUUCAACUGACGCCAGAGUAUUUGGGAUUUAGUUGCUGAUCGUUUGCCUCAGGAAAUGCACUUCAACCAGAUAAAUAAAUAUUGAUUUAAUGGCUCUCUUGAAGAUGCACUGGACACCUGAGCAUGCCCAGCCCCUUAACCAGUGGCCAGAGCAGCACCUUGAUGUUUCUUCCACCACUUCUUCUCCAGCCCACAAGCCUGAUGUUUAUCAUAGUAGUCGGCAAAGACUGAAUUACGCAUGGGCAAAUGAUGACAUAUCUGCAUUAACUGCUUCAAACUUGUUAAAGAGAUAUGCAGAGAAAUAUUCUGGUGUUUUGGACUCUCCAUAUGAACGAGCUACACUAAAUACUUACACAGAUGGAGCCUUUGGGCCUGUAAAUGGACAGAAAGGUGACAUUGAGUCUUGGCAGAUGUCACAUGGCUCUGAGACUUCCUAUUCUGUAAACCCUAUACAUGAUGGUUUGUCUGGCCCCAAAUCUGGAAAUGGACCUAUAGGAUUGGGUAGCCCGACUGUAGCAUCUGGGAAUCUUCCUGAUCCUAUUUAUCCUGGAAGUACCUGUGGAGGACCCAACCCAGCAAAUGGUCUUGUAGCACCACAAGAUUACACAUCACCUUAUGGUGGCACCUAUCUUUCAUCAGGUUACUGCGGUCAACCUACCUCUGCACUCCCACCUUCACACCCUUCAUCUCUUCAUAGCUCAGGACUGCAGCCGACACAUGCAACGCCAGCUCUUGUUCAUGGAUAUAGUUCUUCAGGCUCAAUUUACAACUACAGUUCAAGCAGUUAUCCUACUCAACCUGCGCUUGGUCCUGGAUAUGGAGGAAUGCACCCUGUUCACCCUCCGGGUUCUUAUCUGCCUUCAGGUAUUGCUACACCUACCCCACUACCCCCCCAUACUACUUCUUCAAGGCCCCCAGGGGUGCCUGGUUACACAUACCAAAGUUCUAGCUUAGCACCAAUUUCAGUCACUCCUCUUAGUACAGAGUCAGUUAGUUCCUUGAAAAGGAAAGCUUUUGACAUGGAAGCAGUAGAGGAAAGUGAAAGCAGAUAUAGAAAAUACAGCUAUGAGCAACCAAAGUCUACCUCUGAUUCUUCAUUUCAGAUAUCAGAUGGUGUUCCAAAUGAGUGCCGUGGGAAUGGCUUCAGUCGUAAUGGAGAAACUCCGCAGGUGCCCUUCAAACAUGGAAAAAGACAGGAGGAAGAGCAAGUAGGAAAAUAUAACAGUCAAACAAUGAAGUCUAUGAUCUCUCCAACAUAUAAUGAAGAAGGACCAUUAAGAGCAACUGAAACAUUUGGAAAAUUCACUCCCCCAGUAAUUAAUGGUGAACGGAGAAGUAAUGAACAGGGGCAUAUAUUUACACAACGAAUGCAGGUUUCAGGAGUAAAACCACCAAUAUUUUGCAAUUCUUCUGAUAAUCAGUUAAAAAAUAUGGAUCCACUUAUUCUGGAACUUGUAAAUAAUAAAAUUGUUGACUGUGGACCAGCUGUGCAAUGGACUGACAUAGCUGGCCAGGUAUCAAUAAAGGCUGUUAUUGAAGAAGAAUUAGUUUGGCCUAUCUUAAGGCCAGGUGCCUACACAGGAGCUAACAGGCCUCCCAAAAGCAUUUUAUUGUUUGGCCCUCCAGGUGCAGGAAAAACUCUGUUAGGCCGCUGCAUUGCGACACAACUAGGAUCUACCUUCCUGAAGAUUAGCAGCAAUCUACUUAUCUCCAAGUGGAAAAAUGAGAGUGAAAAAAUAUUACAGACUGUAUUCUUUGUGGCAAGUUGUCACCAGCCUGCUGUGGUUUUCAUUAGUGAGAUUGAUUUGAUUAUUUCUGGUCUUGUAAAUGAGGAAAACACUCACCUGAGCAAUCUGCGAUCCCAGCUACUUUCCUUUUUGGAUAACAUAGCUACCUCACCAGAUGAUAAUAUAAUUUUUAUUGGCACGUCACGACAACCUGAUGAUCUUGAUGAAGCUGCUCAUCACAGGUUUGCCAAAAGAUUUUAUAUUUCUCCUCCAGAUAGUUUAGCAAGAAGGCAGAUACUCCAUCAUAUUUUGGCCCAACAAAACUACUGCCUUAGUGAAAGAGAAAUGGCCCUGUUAGUUCAGCAAACAGAAGGUUAUUCGGGCAGUGAGUUGAUACAACUUUGUCAACAGGCUGGAGCCAAUCAACUUCAUGGUAUUUCAGGUCAGCUUCAGCCUACAUCCUACAAAGACUUUGAGGGAGCUUUCUGCAAACUCCGUGCAGGUACAUCUCAAAAGCAAUUAGACUUAUAUGUGGAAUGGAAUAAAAUGUAUGGCUCAAGACACUAACAGAAAAUGACCCUGGUAAAAGACUGACACUACACUGGCAUUUUUUUUUUCUUGUGAGUGCGUGUGUUUAGAGUCUUCAAUUUGAGUGGAGACGUUUACGAAGAAAGAUUAUCUUUUUCCUUCAUACCUAAAUGUGAUAAUUUGAUGCUGAGAGAGACGCAUCUUUUUAAGUGUAUGUGUAUAUAUAUACAUAUCUGUAUAGAUAUAUCCGCUUCAUUGAAUGUUAAGAAAAAACUUCAAGAUUUUUUUUUUUUUUUUUUUUUUUUUAAGAAAAACAUUUUAUUUUUACACAUUUGGAAACCUGUUAGACAAAAGUAGCUCUUCACCAUUCUCAGGAUAUCUUCUAUUUAUUGCCAAAUGUUGGCAGCACCACUGUAAUAUGAUGAACAGAAGUUCAGAUGCCCUUUUUAGCUUGACCUGCUUUUAAGGUCUAGUUUUCACUUGGUAACCUCAGCUGCUGUUUCAUAUAUAACAUAAUUAUUUGGUCUUCAGCAGAAUAAAAAAAAGCCCCUUCACGGCACUUUGGGGGAAUCCUCUUUACACUUGACCUAAAUGUGGUGACCAGGUAAUAGCAAAAUAUUGCAACCUAUGAGGCUCAAGUACUGACAAUUAAGAAGGGAUGGGAAGAAAAGUACAUUGCUAGACUAAGGCAUUAUUAUUUCUUUCACAUGCACAUUUUUUUAUUUUAUUUUUUGUAUAUUUCCAUUGUUUUUGCUUUCUAAAUACUCAGGAAAAGUUUACCUCCAGAAGAAUGUGUUUAUAGAACUCAAAGUUCUCAUGAAGAUCCUAGAGUUAGAGACUGUAAAAUUACUUGAAGUCAUUACAUGGAUUUAAAGUUGAAUGUAUUGCCAAUACUUGUACUCCAGCCAUCACAGGGACUGAAGUAUCCCACAAAGGUUUUAAGUUUGAUUUUGUUCUUUAAUUUUUUUCAUUGUUAUUGUAGUGCUGGUGGAGUAUUGUGUUUAAAAAUUUGUUAAUAGCACGGUAGGUUGAAAUACUUCAGUACCACUUUUUGGAUGAUUUAUUAUUCAUGGUUACAAAAUUUGUGUUCUGGUUGGAAAAAAAAAAAAAAAAAAAGGAAAAAAAAACAACUUUUGCUUUGCCUUAUGGUUUGUGCUUGUCAAAUUGUCAUAUGUUUGUUUACUGCCAUGAUGCUCUUCUGGUAGUAAAGUCGCCAAAAACAUUAACAUGUGUCAAUGAGAAUGACCUUUGCAAUGUACCUGUGAAAUAACUGUCUUAUUUUAACAAAUCAUAUUUAAGCAUUAGCGCUAUCAAUUGCAAUUAAUUAUACUUUUAGUUUAAUGAGAAUUUAAUGUUAAAGGGACAUUAAACACUUUGAGAUUGCAAUAUAAAAAUGUUAUGUAUAGUCAAAUGACUUUCAGUACAAAUUUAAUAUUAAAUCAGGAGUUUUCCUAUUCUGAGGAUUGCACAAGGCAUAAUUCAGAAAUCUAACCCUGCCACAUAUAUUUCUUUAAUUGGUGUCAGCUGAGGUUAUCAGAUAAGCUACAAAAUAAUAUAAUUUUUUUCAUACAAAAUAACAGGCAAGUGGUUGGUAUAGUAUGGCUAUUGAAAAGGUGUGGUAGAAUGGGUCAUUGGGAAGAUGUUAAAGAAAAAAUCACGGUGCACUGUCCCUUUAAGUUUGCACAAUCACAUAACAUAAAACUUGUUUGUUAAAACCACACUAAAUAUAACAUAAAAGUUAAAUAUGUAUAUUUAAUGGAGUUCUGCCAUCAACACUGUAUUAUAGGGUUACAACUCUACUGUGAGGGCAGUCAAACCAAGUAGAAAUCCUAGAAUAUUAAACUCUGCUGGACUCACUGGAUACAAGUGGAUUUUCAUGUAGGCUGCAUUGGAAAAGUAAGAGUAACACUUGUAUGACUAACGCAUAUCAAAUUUAUGAGCCAACCUUACAUUUGUUUUUAGGAGCAAGGCAAACACUCUAUGUAUAAAUAUUCAUGCAGUAAAACUGAGGUAAGAUUUCAGAAGCCUGGCCCAAGGUUUAUGAGCAAAGUAUUCAGGCAAA